GCAAACUCUGGGAAAUAGUGAAGGACGGGGAAGCCUGGCCUGCUGCAGUCCUGGGGCUCACAAACAGUCAGACACAACUGAGUAACUGAACAACAACUCAAUGUUCCUAGAUAGUCCUUUUGGUUGGAAGUAUCUGCGAGCCCUCACAGAAGGGCACCCCUUGGCCUGACCCCUGUCCCCCCGCUCCUACAGCCAUGGAGGCGACUGCGGCCAGCACUUCCUUACCUGACCCCGGCGACUUUGACCGGAACGUGCCCCGGAUCUGCGGGGUGUGCGGGGACCGAGCCACCGGCUUCCAUUUCAACGCUAUGACCUGCGAAGGCUGCAAAGGCUUCUUCAGGCGGAGCAUGAAGCGGAAGGCGCUCUUCACCUGUCCCUUCAACGGAGACUGCCGCAUCACCAAGGACAACCGCCGCCACUGCCAGGCCUGCCGGCUCAAGCGCUGUAUUGACAUCGGCAUGAUGAAGGAAUUCAUCCUGACUGAUGAAGAGGUGCAGCGGAAACGGGAGAUGAUCCUCAAGCGGAAGGAGGAGGAGGCCUUGAAGGACAGCCUGCGGCCGAAGCUGUCGGAGGAGCAGCAGCACAUCAUCACCACCCUGCUGGACGCCCACCACAAGACCUACGACGACACCUACUCCGACUUCAGCCAGUUCCGGCCUCCAGUUCGCAAGGAUGAGGACGAGGGAAACCAUGCUUCGAGGUCGAUACUCACGCCCAGCUUCUCUGGAAACUCGUCCUCCUCCUGUUCGGAUCACUAUACCUCCUCUCCAGACACAACGGAGCCAACCAGCUUCUCCAACCAGCAUCAUAGUGAAGAAGACUCCGAUGACCCUUCUGUGACCCUGGACCUGUCCCAGCUCUCCAUGCUGCCCCACCUGGCUGACCUGGUCAGUUACAGCAUCCAAAAGGUCAUCGGCUUUGCCAAGAUGAUCCCAGGGUUCAGAGACCUCACCACUGACGACCAGAUCGUGCUGCUGAAGUCGAGUGCCAUUGAGGUCAUCAUGCUGCGCUCCAACCAGUCCUUCACCCUGGACGACAUGUCCUGGACCUGUGGCAGCCCAGACUACAAGUACCAAGUCAGCGACGUGACCAGAGCCGGACACAGCCUGGAGCUCAUCGAGCCCCUCAUCAAGUUCCAGGUGGGGCUGAAGAAGCUAAAUUUGCACGAAGAGGAACAUGUCCUGCUCAUGGCCAUCUGCAUUGUCUCCCCAGACCGCCCCGGAGUGCAGGACGCCGCGCUGGUCGAGGCCAUCCAGGACCGCCUGUCCAACACGCUGCAGACCUACAUCCGCUGCCGCCACCCGCCCCCAGGCAGCCACCUGCUCUAUGCCAAGAUGAUCCAGAAGCUGGCGGACCUGCGCAGCCUGAACGAGGAGCACUCCAAGCAGUACCGCUGCCUCUCCUUCCAGCCCGAGUCCAGCACGAAGCUCACACCCCUCCUGUUCGAGGUGUUUGGCAACGAGAUCUCCUGACUCUGGCGGCCUGUACUGGCGCCUGGGAAGGGCAGCCUCUCCAGGGCUGGGCACCCAGGCCUGGGGCUGGCGGCUACCCAGCAGCCCUUUCCACACCUGCUGGGGUUCAUCCCCUCCUCCCCCGCCUCUCCUCCCCGGCUGGCCCAUCCUCUCUCCUGCCCCAUCUAAUGCCA